ACUUUUCCAAGUGAGACUGUAAAUAAUUCACUCAGCUAAAUCACUGUCAUAAUGUAUUUUUUUCAGUGCAAAUAUAGUAGAUUUUAGUGUUUGUUUUGAACUGUUAGUAGUGAAGUUUUGAUGAUACAACUUGGUGAAAUUCAUAUCAAAUCUUCUUAAAUGUAGGUUUCCCAGACAGGGCCAGGCAGAGCAACCGGGGGGCUGGCUCGCGUAGCGGCCCACAUUUCCUGCCCACUUUUAAACCAUGUAGGACCCACUUGGACUUGCUUGCUGGAGCUCUUUACCUCCUCACGCUGUCCUGUAAUCAAUGGCAACAUCAGUUCAGGCUCUUCCUCUGACACGUGGACCCAGCAAGAACUACAGCCACCCUUUCCCACCCCCGCCUCUCUCUCCACACUGCGGCAUGGGAAGUGUAGGCAGUCUGGUGGAGAGGCCGGAUGUGUCCCCGACCAAAGGGAGCAGAGCGGUGCCCCAGGUGAGACCCAAACCCACCAACGGCCUCCUUAAGAAAGGCCUCACCCAGAGGGAACUUCUCAACUACCUCAACAUCACCAGAAAAGAAACUAAAGGAAGCGGGGCCAAGAAGGACUUAAUCGGUGAUCGAGAUGAGGAUAAUUUUUAUGCCAAAGUCUAUGAUAAAAAUGGCGCAGAAGUGGAUCUGACAAAGAACUCACUGCCUAGUGGGGGCAAGUAUGAAAAGCUGCAUUUCAGGUCUUCUGCCUUCAAGCCUGUCCCUCCCAAAAACUUCAGCUCCAUGCAGAACCUGUAUCCAUCUUCCAAGUUGGAGGAUUUGGAUCACAGCCUUUCGAACGGGUUGCACAAAGCCUAUGGCCAAGUUCCAAAAGCUGUGUCAAGCUCAUCUUCUUCCUCCUCACCCUCCCGUUAUGUUGGCCCGACAUCUGCUGGCAGCAAGGCUCUUUCCUCAGUGCGAGUUACGAGCCAAGAGGAGGAUAAUCUGUCAGACUCUGGUCAUAAUUCCAUGAGUAGCCUGCCGCCGUACCCCCCUCCCUCCCGUCCAAACUUGUCUCACAUCAGUGCAUCCAUGGGUCACAUCAACACUAUCGGCUCCCUGGAUCGUACUCUGAGCCCAAAGGUUGUCAGAAUGGGGGGUGUGGCUGCCGGCGAGAUGCAGUGUCGAAGUAUGGCAACCCUGAAUCGUCUUACUCCCUAUGGCGGGGAGGCUCCACCUCCAUACGAAUGGACUCUUUCCGUCUCCAUGGAGGACGUGGUGCGAGACCUGGAGGAGCGCCUGGUGGAGAAGGAGCAUGAGCUUAAGCAGAUGAAAAGAAACCUGGAUGAGAGUGAAGGGGCCAUUGCCCAGGUCUUUGAAGGGAAACAGCGUCUGUGGGAGAAGGAGAUGGAAGACCUGAAGCGCCUGUAUGCCACAAAGCUGCGGCAGAUCUCCCAGCAUGCCCAGCGUUCUCAGCGCAGCUUACAGCUGCAGCUGUUCAAGGCCCACCAGGAGAAAACUCGACUGCAAGAAGAGCUUGAUGACUUGAAGAAGGACAAAAACCGCGAGGGGGUGACCUUGCCGAAGCCAACCAGUCCUACCCUGGAGGAGACACAGUGGGAGGUUUGCCAGAAGUCAGGAGAGAUCUCAUUGCUAAAGCAGCAGCUGAGAGACUCCCAGGCAGAGGUGACCCACAAGCUGAGUGAGAUCUUCCAGCUGAAGACACAACUCAGGGAAACCAGAACAGAGAUGCGCAACAAGGAAGCCCAAAUAGAUGCUCUGAAGCUCAUUCUGCAGGGCUCUCGGAACGGCAGGUGUUCCUCUAAGAGCUCCUGUGAAAAUGAAAAAGGACCCGAAGAGAACAUCACUGCAGGAUCAUCAGGAAGCGGCGAGUGCCCCACAGAAGAGCGCUUGCGUGCAGAGCUCCUCCUGGAGCGCCGCCAGAGCGAGGCGCAGGCCAUGGCCUUCGACGAAGAGCGCCACACGUGGCAGAAAGAAAAGGACAAGGUCAUCCGCUACCAGAAGGAACUGCAGGCCAGCUACUUGGAGAUGUACCACCGCAGUGAUGCCCUCGAGAGGGAACUUCAGGAGCUGAGAGCCAGCAGAGAGCUCGGAGCUGGGGGAGCAGCGAGCAAAGACGAGACUUUGAAACAGGAAGCACCUCAGCCGAGGAGCGACGCGGAAGAGCAAAAACAAGUGGACACACUUUCAUCGAGUCUGCCGUGGAUAGACCGGAUUGAAUCGUCUGAAAUUUGAAUGUGGCAGACUUGUUUGCAAUGCAAACGCUUCUUCUGAAGCAUCUAUUGAAGAACGUGUCUGCCAGUCAAAGACACGCAUGAGUGAAGUUGAAUAGAACUAGUAAAGAUCAUUUACAAAUAAAACAUUUUUUUGUAAAAAAGAAUACACAUUUGCUCACUCAGUCUUCGAGAAAAAGUUUCUUUUCAUCAACUCAAAUUCUGUUUGGACACAAUUUUGCAAUGUGCAACUUAAAUUGAGGUGAGAUGUGGGAAAAGAACUUUUUAUCUGGUUUGGCAUUUUGACAAAAUAUUCUUUUUUUUUUUUACAAUCUGGAUUUUCUGAUAGGCUUCCAAAAAUUCCGAUCUGUUCUCCCUUUCCUGGAAACUUGUUUAUUGUGCAAUGCCCUUAUACCUGUACCUGAACAAAACAGCACUGAGGGCCGUUUCACAGAAGUUUCUGAACCACAUCUGUCUUCAGCAAAAAAUGGUAAACGUGCUGCGCUGAAUAAUUCUAUAAAUGACCAAACUGAUGAUGUGCUGAAUGUGACAAUUUUACACGAUGUGCUAAUUUUGUGGUUUAACAUCCUCUCUGCUCCAGAUGAGUUAGCUAUGCACUUGUGGUUUCUGCGCUCUGGAGGAGAAGCAGCAAGUGGCAAUGUAGAAAUGCCCUAAGCGUUCUUCAUCAGGUUUCCAGGAGAUAUCCAUGUGUUUUUGUACAGGACUACUCUUUUGAUCUAAGUGGAGUGAAGUGGCUGUUUUCCAUCCACGCCAUUGCCUAAAUCAGCAUACUUCCAGGGAAAACAGUCUGUAGUUUUAAAAAGAAAAACGUUUGCCCUGCUUAUUGGUGUGAAAUGUUGCAAAUGCCAAAAAGCAUAACAUAGCUGAAACGUUGUUUCUAUGUGCCGUUUAUUAAUAUAAUUAUUAUAGGAACAUUCACAAGCCAGCUGUCUGUUAAUCUAUCAAAAUACUGUGACUAUUGUCUUUCAACUGGAAUUAAAUAUGUAAAGGAAGUGUCUUUCA